CUUGCGAGUAGGUCUUACGGUCCGUGCGGGGGAGUUUUCUUGUCUUCACACUGUACUGGUCUUCGACCACGAGGCGGACUGGCUGCCCUGAGUGUCGCAAUCAUGCCUGCUGGACCCGUGCAGGCGGUGCCUCCGCCGCCGCCGGUGGCUGCGGAACCCAAACAGCCAAAUGAAGAAGAAGCAUCUUCAAAGGAGGAUUCCACUCCUUCCAAGCCAGUGGUGGGGAUUAUUUACCCUCCCCCAGAAGUCAGAAAUAUCGUCGACAAGACUGCCAGCUUUGUGGCCAGAAAUGGGCCCGAAUUUGAAGCUAGAAUAAGACAGAAUGAGAUCAACAACCCUAAGUUCAACUUCCUGAACCCCAAUGACCCUUACCAUGCCUACUAUCGCCAUAAGGUCAGCGAGUUCAAGGAGGGGAAGGCUCAGGAACCCUCAGCGGCCAUCCCCAAGGUCAUGCAGCAGCAGCAGCAAACUACCCAACAGCAGCUGCCCCAGAAGGUCCAAGCCCAGGUGAUCCAAGAGACAAUUGUGCCCAAAGAGCCCCCUCCUGAGUUUGAGUUCAUCGCUGACCCUCCUUCCAUCUCAGCCUUUGAUCUUGAUGUUGUGAAGUUGACGGCUCAGUUUGUGGCCAGGAAUGGGCGCCAGUUUCUGACCCAACUGAUGCAGAAGGAGCAGCGCAACUACCAGUUUGACUUUCUCCGCCCACAGCACAGUCUCUUCAACUACUUCACGAAGCUGGUGGAACAGUAUACGAAGAUCUUGAUUCCACCCAAAGGCUUGUUUGGAAAGCUCAAGAAAGAGGCUGAAAAUCCCCGAGAAGUUUUGGAUCAGGUGUGUUACCGAGUGGAGUGGGCCAAGUUUCAGGAGCGUGAGAGGAAGAAGGAAGAGGAGGAGAAGGAGAAGGAGCGGGUGGCCUAUGCUCAGAUUGACUGGCAUGAUUUUGUGGUGGUAGAGACAGUGGACUUCCAGCCCAAUGAACAAGGGAACUUCCCACCCCCAACCACCCCGGAGGAGCUGGGGGCCCGCAUCCUCAUUCAGGAACGCUAUGAGAAGUUUGGAGAGAGUGAGGAAGUGGAGAUGGAGGUUGAGUCUGAUGAGGAAGAUGAGAAACAGGAGAAGACCGAGGAACCUCCUUCGCAACUGGAUCAGGACACUCAAGUACAGGACAUGGAUGAGGGUUCAGAUGAUGAGGAAGAAGGGCAAAAGGUGCCUCCACCCCCAGAGACGCCAAUGCCUCCACCUCUGCCCCCGACUCCAGACCAAGUCAUUGUACGGAAGGACUACGAUCCGAAAGCUUCCAAGCCUCUUCCUCCAGCCCCUGCGCCAGAUGAGUAUCUUGUGUCCCCCAUCACUGGAGAGAAGAUCCCUGCCAGCAAGAUGCAGGAACACAUGCGCAUUGGGCUUCUUGACCCUCGCUGGUUGGAGCAGCGGGAUCGCUCCAUCCGCGAGAAACAGAGUGAUGAUGAGGUGUACGCACCAGGUCUGGAUAUUGAGAGUAGCUUAAAGCAGUUGGCUGAGCGGCGUACUGACAUCUUUGGUGUGGAGGAAACGGCCAUUGGUAAGAAGAUUGGUGAGGAGGAGAUCCAGAAGCCAGAGGAAAAGGUGACCUGGGAUGGUCACUCAGGCAGCAUGGCCCGGACCCAGCAGGCUGCCCAGGCCAACAUCACCUUGCAGGAGCAGAUUGAGGCCAUCCACAAAGCUAAGGGCUUGGUGCCAGAAGAUGACACCAAAGAGAAGAUUGGCCCCAGCAAGCCAAAUGAAAUCCCACAGCAGCCACCACCUCCAUCUUCAGCCACCAACAUCCCCAGUUCAGCACCACCUAUCACCUCGGUGCCCCGGCCACCUGCAAUGCCGCCUCCUGUCCGUACUACGGUUGUGUCUGCAGUACCUGUCAUGCCCCGGCCACCGAUGGCGUCUGUGGUCCGACUGCCCCCAGGCUCAGUGAUUGCCCCCAUGCCACCCAUCAUCCAUGCGCCCAGGAUCAACGUGGUGCCCAUGCCUCCCUCAGCACCUCCUAUCAUGGCACCCCGCCCACCUCCCAUGAUUGUACCAACAGCCUUUGUUCCUGCCCCACCUGUGGCUCCUGUCCCAGCUCCAGCCCCCAUGCCCCCUGUCCAUCCCCCACCUCCCAUGGAAGAUGAGCCUGCCUCCAAGAAACUGAAGACAGAGGAUAGCCUCAUGCCAGAAGAGGAGUUCCUACGCAGGAACAAGGGUCCUGUGUCCAUCAAAGUGCAAGUGCCCAACAUGCAAGAUAAGACCGAAUGGAAGCUGAAUGGGCAAGUGCUGGUCUUCACCCUCCCACUUACGGACCAGGUCUCUGUCAUCAAGGUGAAGAUUCAUGAAGCCACAGGCAUGCCUGCAGGAAAACAAAAGCUACAAUAUGAAGGCAUCUUCAUCAAGGAUUCCAACUCACUGGCUUACUACAACAUGGCCAACGGAGCCAUCAUCCAUCUGGCCCUCAAGGAGAGAGGCGGCAGGAAGAAGUAGAGCUGCUGUUGGGUCCCUUUUCUGCCUAAAUAUUUUUUCCCCUUGGGUCCUUCAUUUCUUUGGGUACUUAAUUAGGAAUGGAGCCCAAGGGUAUCCUGAGGAAGUUUCUAGUGCUCAGUGGCACUAGUGGCACUUGGCUGAAAAAAUGUGACUACUGUGGUCAUUAAUCAUUUUGUGUCUCCAUGGUUCGAAUAAACCUCUUGUACCCUUGUGAAA